AAAGCCUGUCACUCAUUGUUCAGUGUCAGUCGACAACGAAUUGUUCUUUUUUUGUGAGGAAUUUAACAUAUUUUGGAAUAAAAUGCGUUUUACAGUGCUAUUGCUCGCUGCCUUCGUAGGACUAGCUUAUGGUCAGAAGAUAAAUGUUGGUGGGUGUCCUGAUGUCUCGGUAAAGGAGCCUUUUGAUUUGACAAAGUACGUUGGUGUAUGGUACGAAAUUGAGAAAAAUCCCACUACGUUCGAGGCAGGAUUGAAAUGUAAUAAAGCAAACUACACGGCUCAAGGAGACUACGUGUCUGUUGUGAACUCAGGCGUCAACGAAAGGACCGGAAAACCAAGCACUAUUGAAGGAAAAGCAACUAUUCCUGACAAAAACGUUCCCGCCAAGUUAAAAGUUAAGUUCCCUGGAGCGCCCGUCAAAGCUGAUUAUUGGAUCUUAGAUACAGAUUAUGAAAGGUACUCUGUUGUAUAUUCCUGCUUCAGCGUACUGAAUCUCUUUAAUGCUGAAUAUCUGUGGAUUCUUUCAAGGACACCUACUCUUGAUGAGUCGGUUAAAAACAACCUCUACGAACUUCUAGAUAAAUACAAAAUUAAUCGAAGCCGAUUGACGGAAACCAAGCAAGAUUGUUAACUGUUUUAUGAUUUUUUAAUAAAAUUGUUUAAAAAGCUGUAUAA